UCACUUUCCAGAACAACGGGACGAAUGUCAUUCACCCGGGCUUCCUUCAGUUUCUUGAAAUUGACAUUAGCGAGGCAAAUAGUGAAUUUUCCAAUGACACUACUUUGUUGUUAUUCCACUGAAGUUCGAGUGGACGAAUCCGUUACCGUAGAUUAUCAAGUUUACAGUAAAAGCUCCAAUUUGUUCAAUGACACCACAACGGGAAUAAGCAGUGCCCUGGUGAGCACAGCAGGAGUAGACAACGGCAGUUCUGUGUUUUAUGACUACGUCACAUUCCAAUCAAAGUCAACUCCCACGUUUACUCCUAGUUCUUCGAAUACCCCUUCUUGGGAAGUUGGGAAUUCAUUGAAGUUUCCUACAAUUGGAGCAGUUUCUAGCGAGACAGUUUCAAGCAGCUCAGCUCCUAAUUACUAUAGCACAGGUCACCCCAUUCCGUUUUCAUACUCUUGUCCGGAAGGUUCUUUCUUAACUAAGUUUGGGUACUCAGCUGUCCAAAAUUUCGAUACUUUGUACAAUAUCGGUCCUUUCAGUUGUUCGGAUGGGACUGUUUUAAAUGACCACGUAGGGCAAUACUCCACUAUUGACUAUUAUGAGACAAAAACAGGUUGGAAGUCUGGAGCAGUUUCCAACGGUUACGACAGGUGCAACUGCGAGACUUGUUUGGUUUCCAUAAGUCUUUACGAAAACUCCAGUGGGUACCAAACUUGCGGGAACAAUUUGAUCACGGGAGUCUAUGGUGUCAUCGAUGGACCUUGCAACUACGUGAAUUCUCUAGGGUUCUAUUGCUCUGUGCCUCCUACGAUAUCCUACGCAACUUUCAAUUCUAAGUCUUUCACCUUACCCAUUGUCAUUCAAGUUUCUUGGAGACUCAACCAGUCUUCAGACAAAUAUCCGAAUGGACUUGUUAUUUCACUUCUUACUUCCUCUUCGUCGACAGUAAGCUACUCCAACGGCGCCGCUACAGAGGGAGUGUCUCUGCUUAUCACUUCAGGUUCCUUUACUUUCUAUCAGAAUGGGUCGGUUAUAGGUUCAACUACGGAUAAUGCACCUAAAAUAGGAACAGGAAGUGAAGUGUAUUCCUUUUCGCAAUUUUACGUUUCGGAAAAAACCUUACAAGGAGCUUCUAUCACAAGCGACUCUUUUCUCAACGGCGCUUCACAAAGUUCCUUGAAUCCCACUUUUUCAAAGCUCUCUCUUCCAACUAAUUUAGCCUCUAACUUAACAGCCACCACAGCUAUAGCUGCGUAUUCUUCCAAUCAAUGCGAUACAAAAGCCUAUUUCGUGAGAGUGAUAAGUGGAUUGUCCCAAUUGACUUUGCUAUGAAUACACAAAAAAAACACGUAUUUUUAUUAUUCA